AUGAGCGGAACAUGCAUCUCGUCCAGCAGCCGGCCGGCAACGGUUGAUAUGAUCGAUACCCCGCCAUUAUCGCUCUUAUAUUCGAUGCUCCCCUCGAUAGUACAGACUCGCAUCUCUCGCCUGCCGUCACUUCGAGGUUCAGUACGGGGUCGCUACUCAUGGCGUAUCAGCCGCUCACGAACACCACCGCCGUCGUAUGAUGCCGUCAAGGCGUCCAUGGCCGACGUCGAUUAUCUGGUCGAAGAUACUUCAGAUGAUGAAGCCACACUUACCCCACCGCCGCCCUCUGAGACUAAGACGGGCAUUGAUUGGAAGUUUGCUAAUCAAGGGGUCAAUCUUCUGACUCUGGCCGUCGAAGAAUCAUCGCGGCCAAAUCCCGAUAUUGACGGACGCACAGCCUCUUUUGGUCGUCAGCUCUAUAUCCACUCGCUGACGUACCUGAUACGGGGACUACCGGCUGAUUUGAGCCUGGAAGAGAAAGCGAGCAUUCGUUCAUCGAUCCCAGAGGAAAUCACUGGCCUGAUCUCCGAUAAUGGCGACAAGCAACUGGUGCCAGCACGAGGCGGUGCGGCGCUUCCUGCGAGGGAACCCAGCGUCUUGCAUCGUGUUCUGGCCACAGGUAUCAUUCAAAUCUUUAUCAUUUUCCAGUUUGUCCUUCCGUAUAUAAAAUUGUUCGUCAAGAAUGCAUAUCUCUACGAACGAAAUAAUCACAUCUCGGAGAGACUAUUGCAUACCAGUCUCGACACGGUGGACAGCAUAGGCCGACGAGGCGUGGAGUUUGGUGGUGCGGUCUCCAAGAUGGGAGAUGGUAGAGUUGGUCAAGUCAUCAACGACUUGGCAUCGUGGUGGGUGCAGAGCAUCGCUGGAGGCAUCUAUGAAGGUGUCGGCGAAGGCAUGGUGAUCCUAGGCGCCAGGAAGAACGGUAUUCGGAUGCAGGACUAG